AUGCCAUUCGUCAAAAACAUCAAGUCGGACGCCUACUUCUCACGUUUCCAGGUCAAGUACCGUCGGCGGAGGGAGGGCAAGACCGACUAUUACGCCCGCAAGCGGCUGGUGACUCAGGCGAAGAACAAGUACAACGCUCCCAAGUACCGUUUGGUCGUUCGCUUCACCAAUAAAGAAAUCAUAGUGCAGAUCGUCUAUGCUCGUCUGCAGGGAGACUUCGUUCUGUGCGCCGCUCGAUCAAAGGAGCUACCCCGCUACGGGAUUAACCAUGGUCUAACAAACUGGACUGCUGCUUAUGCAACCGGUCUCCUUUGCGCGCGCCGUGCCUUAACCAAGCUUGGGCUUGCGGACAAGUACGAAGGUGUUGCGGAGCCUGACGGUACUAUCUCCUUGAUCGAGACGCUCGACGAUGAGGAUGCUCCCAGGCCGUUCAAGUGUUACCUUGAUGUCGGGCUCAAGCGCACGUCAACUGGUUCCCGAGUGUUCGGAGCCCUUAAGGGUGCCAGUGACGGCGGUAUCUACAUCCCGCACAACGAAAAGCGCUUCCCUGGCUACGAUCUAGAGUCGAAGGAGUUGGACAGCGAGGUGCUAAAGAAGUACAUCUUCGGUGGUCAUGUGGCGGAGUACAUGGAGUCCCUGGAAGAGGAGGAUGAUGAGAGGUUCAAGAAGCAAUUUGCCACCUAUCUCGCCGAUGGUAUUGGCUCAGAGGAUAUCGAGGAGAUCUACACCAAUGCGUACGCUGCCAUCCGAGAGGAUCCUGAGUUCAAGCCUACGGAGAAAACGACCGACUGGAGGGCGGAGAGCGUCAAGUUCAGGACGCCCAAGACGACUCUCGCAGGACGCAAGGCCAAGAUCCAGGCCAAGAUCCAGGCUUUCCAAGCAGGUGCUGAUGCGGUCGCGGAUGAGGAUGAGGAUGACGCGGAGUAG